GCGGUCGCUGCUGCUGCCUGCAGACGCCUGAGGGCACCAUGAGCGGCCGAGUCGGGGACCUGAGCGUCCAACAGCAGGAGGUGCUGGCCAGGUUCCAGGAGAAUGUCCAGGACCUGCUGCCCACCUUGCCCAAUGCUGAUGUCUACUUCCUCCUGCGCUGGCUCCGAGCUCGGAACUUUGACCUACAGAAAUCUGAGAACAUGCUCCGGAAGCACGUGGAGUUCCGGAAGCAGCAAGACCUGGACAACAUCCUCUCAUGGCAGCCACAGGAGGUGCUGCAGCUGUAUGACACUGGUGGUCUGUGUGGCUAUGACUAUGAAGGCUGCCCCGUGUGGUUCAACAUCAUCAGGGCAGUAGGGAAGAAGGGCUUGAGUUUGUCUGGCGAAGGUCUCCCAGCUGGAGCUGUGGCCUGACCAGUGUAUCUGCUCCGUCCCAUGCAGCUGGGAAGGAAGAUUGAGGUGGUGCUGAUGGUGUUUGACGUAGAGGGCCUGAGCCUGAAACACCUGUGGAAGCCAGCUGUGGAGGUCUACCAGCAGUUUUUUGUCAUACUGGAAGAAAAUUAUCCUGAGAUGCUGAAGAAUUUAAUUAUCAUUCGAGCCUCCAAACUGUUCCCCGUGGCCUUCAACUUGGUCAAGUCAUUCAUGAGUGAGGAGACACGCAGGAAAAUAGUGAUUCUGGGAGACAACUGGAAGCAGGAGCUCACCAAGUUCAUCAGCCCUGACCAGCUGCCUAUGGAGUUUGGGGGGACCAUGACUGACCCUGAUGGCAACCCCAAGUGCUCAACCAAGAUCAACUACGGGGGUGAGGUGCCCCGGAGCUACUACCUUCGCAACCAGGUGAGGGCACAGUAUGAGCACUCAGAGUCCGUAGGCCGUGGCUCCUCCCUGCAGGUGGAGAACGAGAUCCUGUUCCCAGGCUGUGUGCUCAGGUGGCAGUUUGCAUCAGAUGGUGGGGACAUCGGGUUUGGAGUUUUCCUGAAGACCAAGAUGGGGGAGCGGCAGAGGGCUGGGGAGAUGACAGAGGUGCUGCCCAGCCAGCGAUACAAUGCCCACCUGGUGCCUGAGGACGGGAGCCUGGCCUGUCUCAAGGCCGGCGUCUAUGUCCUGCGCUUUGAUAACACCUACAGCCUGAUGUAUCCCAAGAAGGUCAGCUACACUGUGGAGGUGCUGCUCCCCGACAAGGCCUCUGAGGAGAAGUUACAGAGCCUGAAGGCUGCAAGACCCUCCCCAGUGCAAUGAAGACCCUGGCUGCCACCUCUUCAAUCCCUUUGUACCCCACUAGAUCCCUGCCCUUCAAGGAGGGUGGGUGCUGAAGAUAAGCACAGAAAGCCACUUACUCUGUGCCACACCUCAGAAAAGGGACAACCAAUGCCUAGGCCAUCCUAAAGUCUUAGACGGGCACUUCAUCUCCUGUUUCCUGAGGAUGAACCAGCAUCCACUAAGGAAGAAGCUACCCUUGCAUCCCUCCUGACAAAACUCACCCAUUCUAGGACUUGCCCAUGCCUGGUGUCCCCGUUUCCAGGGGCAGGGCGGUCUUUGCAUACACCCCAGGCCCUGCAUGGAGCAAUUUCAGGCCUUAAGAGCCAAGAAGCUCUAUUUUCUGCAGGGUCAGCCGGAGGCAGCUGGGUGGGGAGAUGGGGCAGGGGUGAGGGUCUCAGUUCCAGCAGAGUAUCCAGAUCCAUCCAAGCUGCUUGUUAUGUGUUUGGAGGGAAAAUCAGAAAUGGAGAAGUGGGACCCAGCAGGGGUAAUCAGUGACAAAAGCCACACACAACACAGCGUUGAGUGGAUAACAAUGGAAUCUCCAGGGAAUUCCCAGUGACUUCCCCUCCACACCUGCUGUGAUCCUGCCAACAUGACUCUUCCUGCAGAGGCUGGGAGCAGGGCAGACCUGGAGCCACAGUGCUGUGAUACAGGGAGUGCAGCUGCCAUCCCCGGGAGCCCACGUGGGCUCUGAGGUGCUUCUUCAAGAACCAUCAAGAUUUUCCUCCAUCUUUAUAUCUAGCCAAGGGGACAGCAGAAGAUCGGCUGACAGCACCCCUCAUGUUCACCACCCAGCAGCUGGCCAAUGAUGGCCCAGAGGCUGGCCUCAUGGUGCCUGCAGUCAGGACUGCCACCUGCUCUGCCGGGCCUCUGCACCCAACAGAGAAGACCUUGCCUAGGAACAAGGUGUGACUAUGUGAGUUGACUCCAGGGAACAACGAAGAGCCUGGGAGCCCACCCUGUGCUGCCCUGCCUCCUCCCCACCCUGCCCUCUGCCCCAGGCCAGUGGCCACCAGUAUCUCAGAAGACCUGAGCCACAGCUCAAUAUCAUUGUUCCCGCUGUUUGUCUUUCUGGGUUAAUGUCUCAGAGGGCAAAAGAGUACCAUCCACUCAGGUGAUGUCCUGAGAGCAAGAGGCCAGGCAGAUGUUCCUGUGAAAGGUGCCCUUGUUGCAAAGUGUUGGCCUCCUGAACAGCCAGGCCCCACGAGAGACCAGAAACCUCAGCAAACACCACCUGCCCAGACAUGUUCCAAAUGAGAAGCCAGGCUCUGGCCGCUCCCUGCUCUCAGAUUCUGUGAUUUCACUUUCUCCAGUUAAGGGGAACUUUCUCAAUUACCUCAGGACCCUUUUGGGUGAGAAAAUGCUGAGGCUUGAGAAGGUGAGGGUCUUCAUGUGAGCACUGUGGCGUUCUUGUUGUCCCUCAGCCCCUGUUCCUGGGGCAGCUGCACCGUUCCUGGGCGCACAAAGUUUGAACAGCAGCCCUGCUGCUAUGAAAAGCUAAGCUAAAUUAAACUAAACUAAAUGCCUAAA